AUGGAGACACUUCAAACAGCUCAAGAAAAACCAUUUGAAACGCCUCAAACCCUCUUCGUGUAUGAGAGAAAACCUGCUCAAACGCAAAAGUUUCUUGCUCGCAUAGGCAACAGCUUCAGGUGGCCCUCCUCGAUGCCAGAACGCUUUAGAAAGAAUGCCUUCAGAAAAAUCGCUGAUGUUGAGUUCGAAUUUGACGACGAGAUCGGGUUUAACCUCAUAUUUUUCUAUAACGCACUUGACAGAGGCGAAUUUAUUGGACAUGAAAACGAGUGGGUGACGGUGCACAACCAGAACAUAAUAGAGUAUGGACAGGAGUAUAACGAUGAUCAAUUGAAUCAUAUUCUCGAAACUAUGCCCGGUGCCAUCCAACUCCCGGUUGAUCAGACACGCCUACCACGUAGUAAGCCGGCGAAGAUGGUAAUUGUUCAGCGUGCUAAUAGUGGGGACGAUUACAAG